AUGAAGCAGCAAAAAAUUUUCAAGGCAUGCUUAAACAGAUUAUUGCAGAAGAUUGAUAGCAGAGUCAAACCUCUUGCAGGCAGUACUGAUGAAUGGUGCUGCAAAUGUGGUUGUUGGAAUUGGGCAUCAGCAUCAGUGCAUGAAAAAGUAAGAAUCCCCAAGGAUGUUCCCAAGGGCCAUUUUGUAGUGUAUGUUGGGGAAUACCAGAAAAGGUUUGUAAUCAAAAUUGGGUUGCUCAACCACCCACUGUUCAAGGCAUUGCUUGAUCGAACUCAGGAAGAACAAGUAUAUGAUUUGGGUGCUGACUCCAAAUUCUGGAUACCUUGUGAGGAGGAACUCUUCAUCAGUGUUGUUAGAUGUGCUACCCCUACCCCUUCUAGGGAUCCAUACAUCUCAAUCUCCAUCUGCUGA